GAUGAUUUCCUCAAAAGGCCUUGAAAUGUAAUUGCCAGCACUGGAUUGAAAAUGAGAGUGAAAAUAAUUAGUGCAGCACCUUACCUUUGAGAUUUGUAGCAAAGCAUUUAGGUGAUGUAAAGGAUUCAUUUAAUUUACUGGUUAAAAGGCAACAUGAAAUACAUUAACAGCACUGAUACAGUGUAGUGAAUUUUGCCAACUUACCUUAAGAUGUGCACACACAAACUCUGCACAAAAUCUUUACAAUACCUACAAAAUAGGCUGUAUGUUUAACACAAAUGACUCCUCUUUGUUGCUGUGCCUGCUAUAUACACAGCAGAGGGAAAUCAGGGUUUUAUAGACUAAGGUACUGCUGUCAGCAUUAGUCAUCGAUCUGUCAGUAGCGACUAUAAUUACUUCCCUUGAUGCAUCACCCUGAAUGAAAGGAUGGUGUUGAAGGGUAUUGUCUGUUAUCAGAGAAUGAGAUCAUUUUAUAGGCUUCAGUAGGGAUAUUAUAUUACAGUUGUUUUCCCCCUCCUUCACUGAAAAGUUGACCGUUUUCUUGUUUGACAUAAAGGUUCCAGAGAAAAUCUAAAUCUACCAAAAUAUCUUUUUUAGUGAAGCACUUACAGCCACACAAUGUCUAUCACUAAGUCAUCAUUAGGUGAAUGUAAGGGGAGCUGGAGAACUGUCUUAUGUAACUAUAUGACAUUUCAGAUGUACACGGGCCUGAUGCACAAAUACUGCCGGGCAACUGCACUCGAACAAUAACAAAAAUGAUACAAAUGGAACCCUGCAUUGAGCGUCCUCUCGAGAUUUUGCUUUAGUUGUCAUACCACGUUUUUAAAACAUGAGUCAGUCUCCAUCCUACCAGACAGAUACUGCUUCUGCAUCUCUUGAGAGUCCUAAAGAAGGUGACUUCUCCCUGCGACAGCUUUAUGACAACCUGAAGAGCCUGGAGAAGCACGAGACAUGUGACGACCAGAAAGAUCCCAUUGUUAAUAUCAUACCUGACAACUACUGCAGUUCUCUUUUGAAUGCUCAAAUCUGUGUUCCGCAAGCGACAGAUGACCUUGGGAAACUAUAUGCUGGCAUGCUCCCACAAGAACAACUGAUUAAGAGCAGCCAUUGGGCAGAACCAAGAUGCUCAAGUACAUCAUCUAUAAAACAGAAACUUCCAGUCUCACCAGAGUUCAUGGAGGUACGUGCACUGGAUGGAAAAUUCAUUACUUUGGUGAGCUCUCAGACCCAGACAGAUUGGGAGUGGGUGGAGCACUGCCUCUUUUUCAGCUGUCAAGUUCAAAGGGAAAUUGAGGAUCCCCAGUUGUUGCAGGCAGAGAAGACAGAGGAUGAAAAGAUGCCAGAGAAGGAGCAUGAUAUACCUUGUGUGGGUCUGCCUCGUCUCAUAGCAUACAAGCCAGAGCCAAAACAAAUUCCUUGUGUUCAAAAGGUUCCAGAGGUUGCGUCUAAACAGGAUGUGCAUCUUGCUCAGUGUGACUAUUGCCAGCAGCCCUGUCAGCCCUUCAUAUGCUGUGAACAACCAGAGAAUACAACCAACCUUGAGAGGCUCUUUUGUUGUGAGCAAGCCAAACAAAUGAGAGACCUUAUCCUGGAAGAGAGAAAAAAACUGGUACAAAAGGAGACAGUGAGAAAAAUUGAUGUGAGCCCUCAUGCACCCAUCACAAGUGAGGAGGAAAGGGAGGCUGUUAAAGAGCAAGCAAGGAAGAGGUUGCAGCAUUUGCAACUCCAGAGAAAACCAAAAAAAGAGAACUUGACCAAAGACUUAAGCUGCAUUGAGAUCAAACAUAAAACUUCCUAUAGGCUGUCAAAAGAGAUUCCCUACACCAGUGAUGAGCCUCAUAUCCCUCAGACAGAAGAGGAGACAGCUGGCGGGACAAAGCUGAAAGAAGUCAUUAAGAAGUUCUACAAAAGUGGGAAAUGUUUUCUCAUCUUGUGUCCAGAUGGAACGGGUAAUGUUUUUUAUCCUUCUGGGAAAGCAGCCAUUAUAAUAUCCUCUGCAGAAGCUGCUGACUUCACUUACAUCAUCUUGGAGGACAAGGAGGUAGCACCCAGCAUCAAAGCCAUUUUUACAAAUAGAGGCCACUCCACAUGCUACCAUCCCAAUGGAAUGAUAUGGUUGAAUCUAACCCCUGUUGGAGGUCUCUGCUUCAAUGAGACAGGAGAUUUAAAGAGACGCUGGAAAUGGUUCUAUUUUGACCCACAUGUUCGUAACCUUCCCCUCAAGCCUCUCACCUUUGCCCUUGGCCCACACAUCAGUGUGCGCAUACAUACAAAGGAACGCAUGUAUGUCACAUUUACACAUCAGGAAAACAGUGUGCGCUUCAAUGUGGGGUCAAAGCUUGAGCUCCUUUGUCCAGAGAGCCAUGACAAGCCAGGGCAAGACAUUCUGGAGAGAUAUAUUAACACAAAGAGCUCAGAGAUUUACUCUUUGCUUGGCCAGAUGCAGACCUGCAUGUCGCACCACUCUGCAAAUCUGCACAACAUUAAGCCACGUUACCAUUUCAUUGCCCGGACGCAGCAGCUUAGCAAGCAAAUGAAAAAGGAGAAAUCACCCGAAAAGAUAAAGGCCCAUGGAAAUUAAGAAAGAAAUACAGAAUUGGCAAGUGCUGAUAUCAUUUAUGGCUGUGUUACAGUUUAUAGCCUUAUAUUAUUUUAAAUCUCUUAAGUAUCUGGUGCUUAUAGUCAUUCACAGUUACAUUCACACUGUAAAGGGUUUGAGUUUUAUGGAAAAAGAUGGAUGAUUGAGUCUCUUGGUGUGCCAAUGGAGACAUUUCAGUCAACAUUAAAAUCAGUUCAUCAUUAAAUUCUCCUGCCAAAAUCAAAUCUGGAGAGAAAUCCAGCAGGAGACAAAAAAGCAAGAAAAACCAGCUUGUCUGGAUUGUUUUUAUGAAACAAAAGCAGUACACCAUAGAACUGAAUGAUGACUAAAAUGCAAUUAAUACUUUUCUGCUCAGCAAGACCAAGACCUUUAACAUUUAAACUGAACAAUGUUUCCAACCCCUGAUUUUGCUGCUAGUUGUUGUCCUUGGUUUUCCAAAAAGCAAAGCACACUUACACAGAAGGUCGACAGCAACAGUUAACAGAUGCUAAACCACAAAUACACAGAUUUUGACAUAUGUAACCCCCAUUCCUCUCUCCAUCAUCCCUCAUAUCUGCCUCUUAUCUCCCAAAAACAUCACAUGCCUAUCUGUGUUUUCCCAGUUGAAACACAAGUUUUACCAUCCUACCCAACAAGGGAUUACUUGGCAUUUAUAUGAAAUCCAGUAACUGAUAAACACCAAACAGUAGUAGUAAUAACUGGUUGUCUGCCAUCAAAUCCUUUCACUUCACUUGCUAUUGGCAAAAAGCGAGGCUUUAUUUGGGUGCCUUGAGAAAAAUGGCAUGAGACCCAGUUAGUUUUUUUUCACUUGGAUGGAUUAGAUCCUGUACAUAAUUUCUAAUUUAUGUAAGAAGUAAAAAAGAGCAAACUGGACUUGCAAAGGCUAAAUUGCAUGCACUAGAGACAAUCCUUUGUUGGUUACAAAGCUUACCAACAAGCAGAUAUAGAUACAGUCUGAAGCACAUUUUAAUGGGUGCUAUUCCUGUCCUAGUCAUUCAUGUUGUCAACAAUUUGCAUGCUGAAUUUUAAAUAAAAGUAAUUAUGUUUCAAUCAAUUUGAUACAUCUCAUGACCUUGUCUGUCAACCAAAUGUUUUUGGCUUUAAUGUUGUUAUUUAGUAGACAUUGUAGAGCAAGUAAAUGCUGUAAAAGACAGAACAGGAUGACAUACAGUAUGACAAAAGCUGCUAAGCUUAUACAAACAUCUUUGUGCCACACACCAUAUCAAAAUGAGUCAUCAGGAUUCCUGUGAUAAAUUAACCAUGUUAGCAGCGUUCCUUAUUAAUAUAAAACAGAUCCCAUAGGCUUUUCAAUCACCAUAUUCAUGUUGUGUCAAAACAUCCUUACAGCACAAACACACUGAAAAGAAACACAUCUAGGUUUAGAAAGAACAGCUGUGAUCUUCAUUCCAAUCCUUUUCCAAUUUACUUGUAGCUGAUGGCAACAUUCUUAUAAUGUCCUAUAACUAGUCUAGUCUUCUAGUCAAUUGUGGACUACUGUAAUAAUUUAUUUCCAUUAUCUAGUUACUAUAUAUGGCCCACUGGAAGACUAUUAAUUAGUAUUAUUCCCAGACCUCUAAAUUAUUGAGCUCAUACGACCACUGAAUGUGGGUAUAUGGCUGAUUUACACUAACACUUAAGAUUAGAGCAUUUUCUACAGGGAUAGGAACAGCCUCUCUCCCUCCGUUUCUCUUGCUUUCUCUCAGUCACAUUUCCUUUUUUUAGCAUUAUUAUAAUUACAGUAUUGCCCAAGAUGACUGAACAAGGUUUACAAUGUAAGUAUAAUAAUUAAAGAAAAAAACAAAAAAGACAACAAAUGGUAUGUGCAUCUCUGCCUAUUAUACAGGUAAUCAAGUAUAGCAUCAGGGAAGUGCCUGGCUGGUCCCAAAUUCAUUCUGCAGCAUGACAGCAGAGCCACAAAUAAAGAACCAUCCUCAGUAACGAGAAGAACAAGGAGUCUUUAAACAGAUGGUCUGGCCCCCACAGAGCCCUGAUCUCAACAUCAUGGAGUCAGUCUGAGAUUACAGUACAUGAAGAGACAGAAGACACUGAGAGAGACUUAAUCCACAGAAGAACUGUGACAAGUUCUCCAAGAUGCUUGGAAGAAUCUAUCUGUCAAAUACCUUGAGAAACUAUAAGCAAGUCUACCAUGGAUGAGUACUGGUUUAAAGGCAAAAGGUGGUCACACCAAAUAAAUCUAAAAUAUUAAAUAAUAAUAUAUAUACAUAAUAUUAAAUAUUAUACACACACACACACACACACAUUUAUACAUAGCAUAUUAUAUUAUAGGAUGACAUUUAGUAUUUUACUGCAAUGUAAUAACUUGAACUAGCAAAUGCAAUGGCAAUAGUUGAGAACUACAGAUGAAAAAGAAAUUAAAUAAAAGUGGGUUUUGAAGAACCUCAGUACAGUUUUCUCUCUCUUUCUCCCAUGUCUGUAAAUGUGUCUACCAUAGAAACGGUUGCUUAUUGUGCUAUGGUUGCUAUGAUACACUAGCAGAAAAACAUGUUGUUUUUCUUUUUUGGAUUUGCUUCAAAAUGUUUUAUUUAUUUGUGGUCUCUCUGCUCACCUCUGUUUGACAAUCAGUCAAGGAUAUCACAAAAAUGAGGAUGCAAACACUGGACUCACCAGGCAAAUCAACUGAGAUGGAUUCAACAGCAGAACCUGAGCCUGGAAACAGUAGAUAAUAGUCAUUGCAGAACGGUUGCAUAUUAUUGCACCCACCCCCUGUGUAUGUUUGGGCUUAUUAAGCUGAUAAUGAAGAACUGGUUCCAGUGUAAGCUCACG